AUGUAUAACGAUAUUAAUAGAAUAGUAGCACAAGUAGUUUCAUCAAUAACAGCAUCAUUAAGAUUCCAAGGAGAAAUGAAUGUAGACUUAACUGAAUUUCAAACUAACUUAGUUCCAUAUCCAAGAAUACAUUUUCCACUAGUUUCAUACUCCCCAUUAAUAUCAUCAAACAAAGCAGUUCAUGAAAGAUUAAGUACUCAAGAGAUAGUUAAUAACUGUUUUGAUCCAAGAAAUCAAUUAGUAAAAUGUGAUACAAGGAAUGGUAAAUUUAUUGCAUGUUGUAUGUUAUUUAGAGGAGAUGUGAAGACAAAAGAUGCUAAUGCAGCACUAGCAGAAAUACGAAGUAAAAAAGCUAAUCAAUUUGUAGAGUGGUGUCCAACAGGUCUUAAAUUAGGAAUUAAUACAAAGAAACCAACAGUAUUACCAAACUCAGCAGUAGCAGCAGUAAGUAAAGCAGUAUGUGGACUUUGUAAUACAACAGCCAUUGCAGAUGCAUGGACUCGUCUUAAUAAUAGAUUUGAUUUAAUGUUCUCAAAAAGAGCAUUUGUUCACUGGUAUGUAGGAGAAGGAAUGGAAGAAGGUGAGUUUAAUGAAGCAAGAGAAGAUGUAGAAAUUCUAUGUGAAGAGUAUUCAAAGAUCUGUGGAGGUGGAAAUGAAGACUGGUAA